ACAAGGUCAAAUUUGUCUAAAAUUUACUUUGCGAAGUUCAUGUUCGCUAAAUUGCUUUAGAAUUUAAAUUAAAAUUAUUUACAGAGUAAAGUAAUUACGAAAUGGCUCUAAACAAACUUAGUAUUGAUGCCCUUAAUUUGGGUGGGAAACGCGUAUUAAUGAGAGUGGACUUCAACGUACCACUGAAAGAAGGUGUUAUUACAAAUAACCAACGCAUAGUCGCUGCUUUGGAUUCAGUGAAAUAUGCACUAGACAAGGGUGCCAAAUCUGUAGUCUUAAUGUCACAUCUGGGAAGACCGGACGGUCGAGCAAAUCUAAAAUACACGCUAAAGCCUGUUGCUGAAGAGCUUAAAAAGUUAUUAAACAGAGAUGUCACAUUCCUUCCUGACUGUGUGGGGGCAGAAGUUGAAGCUGCCUGUGCUGACCCACCAGUGGGAUCCCUUAUAUUACUAGAGAAUGUGCGCUUCCACAUUGAAGAGGAAGGUAAAGGAGUUGAUGCUAAUGGAGCCAAGGCAAAGGCAGAUCCAGAGAAAGUUAAAGCAUUCCGGGCUAGCCUGAGGAAGUUGGGCGAUGUUUAUAUUAAUGAUGCCUUUGGUACAGCACACAGAGCUCACAGCUCUAUGAUGGGUGAGGGUUUUGACCAGAGAGCCAGUGGAUUUUUACUCAAGAAGGAGCUCCAGUAUUUUGCUAAAGCUCUUCAUGAACCUGAGAGACCAUUCCUUGCCAUACUCGGCGGCGCAAAGGUAGCAGACAAAAUUCUUCUUAUCGAGAACUUAUUGGACAAAGUUAACGAAAUGAUAAUUGGUGGUGGCAUGGCUUUCACCUUCUUGAAAGAAACGAAGGGUAUGUCGAUCGGUAACUCUUUAUAUGAUGCUGAAGGUGCUAAAAUUAUUUCAAAAUUACUAGAAAAGGCUGCUAAGAACAAUGUUAAAAUCCACUUGCCAGUAGAUUUUACUACCGCUGACAAGUUUGAUGAAAAUGCCCAGGCAGGAACAGCUGAUAUUGAGAGUGGUAUCCCUGACGGCUGGAUAGGUUUAGAUGUUGGACCUAAAUCGAGGGAGCUCUUUGCAGAGCCUAUCGCUAGAGCUAAAGUCAUUGUAUGGAACGGACCAGCUGGCGUAUUUGAAUUCGAGAAGUUUGCGGGAGGCACCCGUGCCCUAAUGGAUGGCGUUGUUAAAGCGACAGCCAACGGAGCUAUCACUAUUAUCGGUGGCGGUGAUACAGCAACCUGCUGUGCCAAGUGGGGUACAGAAGACAAAGUAUCCCACGUGUCUACUGGCGGAGGCGCGUCCCUCGAAUUGCUUGAAGGUAAAGUGCUUCCAGGUGUCGCUGCUUUGUCCGACGCAUAAUUCACGAAAUAUAUUAAAUUAUCGAUAGCGAAACUACCUAGGUUACCUUUACCUAUAGAAUAUAAUUUGAAAUGAUUAUGAGUAACUGAUGUUUUUUUAGUUUUUUGAAUGAAUAUACCUAUUAAAUACUGUGUCAUUCUUAUGU